AGACUCCUAUCAUGGAAGAGACUAAGGCAGGGUUCUAGGGCCUGUGUGCCUCCACACCAUAAUGUUGGGGGAACUAAUACUUCUUUUUAGGAGUCUCCUUAAUUCUUCCUCAGGCAUGGUAGGAGCAGUGGUGACUUGGCUGAUGAACUACAAGCCAUUCUUGUUUGGAUUCCUAUUUCUUCUGUUAUUGCUUAGCAACUGGCUGGUCAAGUAUGAGUCCAAAGCCACCCCCUCAGAAACCCCACAGGAGAAGGCAGAGAAACCAAAGACAAGAGAAGCUGGCCCCAAGAGCAACAAUGCCAAAAACAUGAAAGAAAUAGAGAAAAUUCAUGCCCACUUUGCCCUCCAGGACAAGAUCCUUGAACGGCUUUUGUUCAGCGAGAUGAAGAUGAAGGUGUUGGAAAAUCAGAUGCUCAUCCUAUGGAAUAAAAUGAAUCGCUGCAGGCCAUCAAGCAGAUAUCAUCAUUUCCCCAGGAAGAAACGCAUACUGGAGAGGUGUGACUCGAUUUUCUCCAUCGUUUCUGAUUGUACUUCCAAUUCCCAGGCCUAAUAAGACUGUAGCUGACCAGCCUUUGCUGAUGUUAUCUUGA